AUGCAAUCUUCUCCUUUGCAACUUCACACUAUCAAUCUGUCGUCCACAAGUAAUAUCCCCACAGUAUCUUUUUAUAACAGUCGAAAGCGAAUUAGUCAUGAGUUAAUCAUAACCAAUGGUCAAAUGGCGAAAAAAUGCAAACCUCAACCAGAAGUCAUUUGUUUGAGUGACGACGAUGAUGAUAAUAAUGAUAGUAACUCAAAUCAAACGAGCGUGGUGCCGGUGAUAACUUCUGUGAAACAAGCAACACCUGCAAUAGUUAAUGGAGAUCCUAAGAGUCAAACAUCCGAUUGGAUCAUUCAUCGAAAAGAUAUCAUUCGUAUUCCUGAAUUGUCUAUAAAAACGACGGAUUUGAUUAAGAAACCGUACGAACUCUCCUGUUCAGCCGUUCGUUUUGGUAUGGUGGAAUUUAAUGUUGAAUCAGAGGUGAUUCUCAUGAAAGAUAUCGAAUUCGAAUUGAAAUUAAAAAGUAGUUUCAUGGAAAAUUUGAAUAUCAAAUUAGCGUAUUCAGACAUUCAAUCGUUCUAUUUCUCGUUUCAAUCUCAACCACCAGCGGCAUUUAUUCAAGCAAAGCCCGACUUUGCUGAACUUUUUGCAAAGUUUAUUCCAUCAUCAGAUGAACAUGGCAAACAAUUCGAUCCGACUUCGAAAGAUGAAAAACGACGCCGAAUUGUUUUCUGUUUGAAACAUGUCGACUCAAGUGUGGAAAACGUGACUAUUGCAUCAAUCUAUCAAUAUUUAAAAGCAAAAUCUCCUACAACAAAUAUUUGUUGUAUCAGUGCAUCAAAAGCUCAAGAACUCUACAAUCUAUCUCGGUUUGCUAAACUAUCAGCACUAGGCUCCAUAACAACACCAUUCGUGCUCAACGACAAUGAUUUAACUUCCAAGACAGUUGGUUUGAAUAACAAUACAAUUCGAUUUGAUUUAUCUCGUGAUGACUUGAUGUGUUUAAACGAGGGUGAAUUUCUCAAUGAUAAUAUUAUCGAUUUUUAUCUGCAAUACGUAUUUUACGAGAAACUUUCGGAGGAAGAUCGACAACGGACAUAUUUAUUCAAUUCAUUUUUCUACACGCGAUUGACACGGAAAAGUAAUGAUGAUAUUCUAAAUAUAUCACCAGCCGAACGGCGAUACAGCCGAGUGAAACGAUGGCUCCGUGACGUGGAUAUCUUUUCGAAGGAUUAUCUUAUCGUACCAAUAAAUCAAACGGCUCAUUGGUAUAUUGUACUUAUUAAAUUUCCUAAUUAUGUUCCUACGGAAGGCGACUUAAUUAGCGACGAUGAUGAGGAGAUGGUUGACAAACGAUCGAAUUCGAAAAAAGCUAAAAUCGGUGAUGUGACCAACGGUACUGGUGACAAAACAAGAUCGAAAUCAAAUGCGCAAAGCAUCGAAAUUGUUGAUGAAGCCGAUGAAGUCAGCACCGGUAACGAAAAUCUGACGAAAACUGAUCAAAAUCGCAAAGAUCGGUCUCAAACACCAGCAAUAAUUCUUUUCGAUUCGUUACAUGCUGGUCCGAAGAAUCGUGUAGCUGCUACACUACGAGAAUUUCUUCAACUUGAAUAUGAUCAUAAGAAACCUUUACCAAUGGGUUCGUCAGGACGCAAAAUCUUUAAUUUAGAUACAAUUCCAACUAUCGAAGCUGCGGUACCCCAACAACCAAAUUAUUUCGAUUGUGGUUUGUUUAUUCUUCAAUAUAUCGAAAGUUUUUUUGCGCAUCGUUCGCCAACGAUCAAUUUCCAAUCAUCGUCCACAUUUGCCAACUGGUGCGAACAGAACUCCAUGGGCACAUCCAAACGAAAGCAAAUCUUCGAUGUUAUCAAUCAACACGUCGUACCUAAAGGAGACUGA